AUGGCCUUAAGUCUUUCUGUCCUCGCUAUUUGCUUUUCGAUAGGCGUUGCAGCAUGCGUUUUGCGCAUCUUUUCUCUAUUGCCUGCCCAGAAAUCCUCUGGUAGAACACGGUUGUCAAAUCAUACUUCUGGCACCCGGAAACUUGCCGUAUUUUUAGGAUCAGGUGGCCAUACCAGUGAAGCCAUAGCUCUUCUCUCUUCAUUGGACUACACUCGGUUUUCCCCACGGAUAUAUAUAGUUAGUGACGGCGACUCCUUGAGCACCCAGAAGGCCAGAGACCUUGAGUACAACAAAUGCGCUUCUUCGUCAGAACAGAAUUUUGCCGUUUGGACAAUCCCGCGUGCCCGGCGGGUCCACCAAUCUCUACUCUCCAGCCCCUUGACAGUCCUCUGGUCACUAUUCAGUUGCAUGCAACACGUAACUUUCUCCCCUUUUUUGUCGUCAUCAUCUGCACCGCAGCCUUUCGCCGAUGUCCUGAUCCUUAAUGGCCCCGGUACGUGUCUCAGCCUCUGUAUCGCUGUCUAUGUCAACAAAUUCUUUGGGUUUCCGGCUCCCAAGCUUAUUUAUGUGGAGUCAUUUGCACGAGUUCAUUCAUUAUCCUUGUCGGGAAAGCUACUUCGUCCCUUGGUAGACAGAUUUGUUGUACAAUGGCCGCAACCCUUGGCAAAUGGAGGUCGAGGAGAAUGUUUUGGUUGGCUUGUCUAG